CUCCCCCGCCCGCCGGCCGCGCCGCCUCCGCCAUUGCUGCGCGCGGGAGCGGGCGACGCGGAGCUCGGAGCCGCUCGGAGGCCAGACCUGCGGAGCCGGGCGUGGGCGGCAGCUUUAGGUCUUCGGAACGAUGGUUAAGUUGGGGAACAAUUUCGCGGAGAAGGGCACCAAGCAGCCGCUGCUGGAGGAUGGCUUCGACACCAUUCCCCUGAUGACGCCCCUCGAUGUCAAUCAGCUGCAGUUCCCGCCCCCGGAUAAGGUGGUGGUGAAAACCAAGACUGAAUAUGAACCUGACCGCAAAAAAGGAAGAGCUCGUCCUCCCAAGAUCGCGGAGUUCACUGUCAGCAUCAGUGAAGGGGUCUCCGAGAGGUUUAAGGUCUCCGUGCUGGUCCUCUUCGCUCUGGCCUUCCUCACCUGCGUCGUCUUCCUGGUCGUCUACAAGGUGUACAAGUACGACCGCGCCUGCCCUGAUGGCUUCGUCCUCAAGAAUACCCAGUGCAUCCCAGAAGGCUUGGAAAGCUACUACGCGGAGCAAGAUUCCAGCGCCCGGGAGAAAUUUUACACAGUCAUAAACCACUACAACCUGGCCAAGCAGAGCAUCACCCGCUCCGUGUCACCCUGGAUGUCAGUGCUUUCAGAAGAGAAGCUGUCAGAACAGGAGACUGAAGCAGCUGAGAAGUCAGCUUAGCGAGACGGGCAAGUUCCUUCCAAUGUGUCACUUGAAGAUAACAAAGGGACUUUGAGGGACAUUUCAUUAAAUGUAAUUACUGAUAAUUUAGAGGUUACUCAUUUACGGUGCAAUUGCUUCUGUUUGCUAAUGCUGCUUUGCAAAUAAAACUUGCUGCCGACCACCCAUGGGCAUAAAACCAAGAGCAUAUCAGAGUUGCUUAAAGAGCUCUGGCGCCACUUUUUAUGCUAAGGGUUCUUAGUUUAGCUCCAUCACUGGGAUUUACUGGAUGCUGUCAAAAAACAAAUUUAACCUGGAUGUGCAAGGGCGUUGGCCUUCAGAUACAUAAUGCAUUUUGUGGAGUUUAUUUUCAAAGCCACCUUGCUGUGUGCACACCUUACCCCAUAGCCAUAUCUAGAGUGAUCUCUUGCUAAGAGCAAGUGCUACUUCAGUUUCCUCACCCCCCAGCUGAUGGUGCCACUGAGGACAAGAGCACCAGGUGGCAGAUCUGCACCAGGUGGUUCUUAGUACGGCUGGGUCCCCUCUGGCUCUGGCAUCUUGAUAAAGAGGGACCACUGAGUGGACAUGUGAGGUUCUCUUCAGAGUGCAUGGGCUGGGCAGAGAAGGGGGGCGGGAGGAGCUGGUCCUGGGGUCGGGGGCUGCAGAACUGCCUUCCCAUGGGUGGGCUGUCUGCUGGUGAUGUGCUAAAUAGGAAAGAAAUGCUCUUUUGUUCAUUUCUAUUAUGAUCAAUUUGCACGUACAGUCCUGUAUGCAAGUUAAGUUUUACAAGUUUGCUGGGUAGGAAAAGUGAAAAUUUAAUUGCUCGUAAGCCAGGGCUACUUUAAGCUUUAUUCUCGGACAGAUAUUAUUCCUUGAUGUAGCAAACAGCUGGGGGCACUGGUGUGGCACCCUGCAAACCUGACAUUUCAAUCCACAAUCUUUGUAAGAAAAUUGUUUCAAUUUGAAUCUUGACAUUAAAGUAUAUCUUUACAAAAUUGCCAGUUAGAUAAACUACGUGUGUAAGACAAUUAAAUAGAAAAAAAAGAUA